AUGGCAGAACCUCUACAAAGCCCGUACGUCAAAGGAAACACUCUAACCCUAAGUGUUAGGCGCGUUGGCAAAAAGUCUCCCCUACAGCUCGACGAUGGAGAUGAGGUACGAGCGAGAAUCGUCGAUGUGAUAGAGCCAGCAACUCUAUCCGUUGUCGUCGUCGUUGAGGUCGAUGCGCCCUCGAAACAGGAAGGCCAGACCAUUCAGCCAACUUCUACAGUCAAGAUGGUCCUUAAAGUGUUUGAUCGUCGAUUUUCUUCACAAUUAAGAGAGGAGCUCAAGUCCAGUGGCCCGUCGACCCUUGCGACCGAGAAAGAAUAUCUUGGCUUCUUGGAGCAAGGAUCUAUGGCCGAUUUUGUUGCCAACUACAACAAAGACUACAAGUUUACAUCAGAUGACUGGGAUUCGCCGAUGCAAGAGGCGCAUUUCAGUCUUACCUGUGCCAGAAUGAAAGAAACUGAGGCUAGAAUCUAUGAUUACCUUGGUGAUCUGCAAGGUAUUCACAUCCCAACAUUUUAUGCUGACGUCCAAAUCGCUUCAAAGCCGGUAGCUGGAGAGCAGAUACACCGAAACUUGGCCAAAUACCUUGACGUUGGGGCUAUUCUGAUCGAAUACAUUCCUGGAUUUCUCCUCUCCGACAUGGUAACAGAGUCACCAGAACCAGCAUGGCCUGGUAUCUGUGACCAGGCUAUUCAAGUUGUGCAUAAGAUUAUUGGACACCAUUUUGUCAAUACCGACAUGCAAACGAGGAAUGUGAUUGUCCGUCGUGAUGGGGAGGAGAAUUACCAAGUGUUUUACAUAGACUUUGGGCUGUGUGACUUCCGCGAUCCAUUAGAUAGUGAUGAAGUCUGGAUGGAAUAUGCAUAUCAGAAUGCUGAAGAAAACAGAAUCGGUUGGUCUCUUGCAAAUGCAAUCUCAAGGGCCAAGGGGAAGAAGGGAAAGAGAUACAAAGGGAAGCUUCCGCUACCGUGGGAGUUCACCCCUUCUAACCGGUUUCGUGCUCAGGAUAUCGAUGAUUAUCCGAAACAUAUUUGGUAUCCAUAG